GUUAGAAAACUUGUACAUAAAUUAUACAAGUUGGAAGAUGAGGAGCCUUGAAAGAGCUUGUCGAUGAAAUUAGUAGGACCAUUCAUAUGGAACUUAAUCGACGUCGUGAUAAAGGUUGGGACACCGACGACGAUUCUGAUUUUGGUGAGUCUGAAAAUGAAGACGGAGAGGAGUAUGUUGAGAAAGUGACCGAAUUAAGUAAUGUUGUGGAAGACCCAAUUGAGCUUGCACGUGAUUGUAAUGAUGAUGUUUAUGUUGAGACUUUGGUUGAGGCAAAAACGGACAAAGAAUGCUUGCAGGUUUUGAUAGAGGACCACGAUGUGCAAGAGGUAAGUAAUUCAUUUGAAUUCUUUAAGGAUGAAGAGGAUACCAUAACACAAGAGUUGCAAGGUUUGUCUAACCCUUUGCCUAUUAAUCCUUCUCCUAUACCUCUGAUUGGCUUGAAUAUAUGUGCUUCGAGAAUAUUGUUAAAUGACUUUGUUUCUCGAUAUCCGCCAUUAGAAACAUUUGAUUCUCAUACUAUGCAGGUUUGCAAAGAAGAAACCAUAGAAGUUCCUGAUUUUUAUGUUCUUUAUACACUUCCUAGUGUAGAAAAGAAUAAGUGUGGGGGAAACUUCUAUGGGGCGAUAGCUUCACUUAUGUUUUCUUGUACUAAUAUUUGUGUGAAGCGAGUAUUUGCAGAACAGGUUAAUGGAAGGAUCCCCAAAUUUUCAGAUUGUUGGUAUAUGUGGAAUGAAUCUUGCAAGGAUAUAGUCGGGCUGACGACUUUAAAACAAGCGCUGCAUGGGAGUUAGCACCAUCCACUUUAUCUCUCUCUACACCAACAGGUC